GAGGCAAGGCCACACUACAUGCUCAUCCCCAAGGUCGACUAUCACAACUAAAAACAGAGGGGUACAAAUUUUCCAACCUCUUUCAAUGAAUUUUUCUCUCUUCCACUUUUUAAAUUCUGAUUUUUUGCCGCCGUUCAGGUCAUCGGAAAGCACUAUUUCUAGUGAUGGCCUGAAAUUCAGCAAUUCCCUUCCCUUCAAUGAAAAUGACUCCCAAGAAAUGCUUCUUUUCAAUGUCUUAGCAGAGUCCAUUUCCGGUGAUCGGAUUAAGGAAGAGUACGAGGUUUGUUCGAAAGCCGAAGAGAAACCCAAGAAGGAAAAAUCUUAUAGAGGCGUUCGGAGGCGGCCUUGGGGAAAAUUUGCCGCGGAAAUAAGGGAUUCCACUAGGAAUGGCAUAAGGGUUUGGUUGGGCACAUUCGACAGUCCAGAAGCUGCUGCUUUGGCUUAUGAUCAAGCUGCUUUUUCAAUGAGAGGUCCUGGGGCUAUUCUGAAUUUCCCGGAAGAAAAAGUCCGCGAAUCGCUUCGGGACAUGGAGUGCAGUACUGAGGUUGGGUGUUCUCCUGUGUUGGCUCUGAAGAGAAAGCACUCCAUGAAAAGGAGAAGCAGGGGGAGCAAGAAAAGCAGAGGGAGAGGGGUGGAGAGCGAGAGAGUGGUGGUGUUGGAGGACUUGGGUGCAGAGUACUUGGAAGCACUUUUGAGUUCAUCUGACAGUACUAGUGCAAGUCCUUCCUUGGAAGCGCUUUUGAGUUCAUCUGAGAGUGCAAGUUCGUCCUAAUUUAUUAUUCCAUCCGUCCUAUAAAAUUUGUCAUGGAGAAUUAUUAAAUAUUAACUUUAUUUACUUUUUAUGCCUAA